GGUGAUUUUCAAUAAGUAGGUCCACACCAUGUCACGUUGCUUUAUAUAUAAGCUGCUUACUAAACAGUGAAAAAAUUUGUCCCUGCAGCAAGUUGUAUUACCAUAUUAUUCACUGUUAAAAAUUAGGCUCUUCCAUUAUCCACUGGAGAGUUCAAAUUUGCGAAACCUUUAUCGAAUUUUAAACCUUCGUUAUUGUCGCCUGCACUGAAUUUUAUUUUGUACAUCAUUUCUUUCGAAAAGAAGCUUACCAAAAUCUGCUUUUUUUGUUACUUAAACAGCCUAAAUGCUUGCUUUUAAUUAUACAAAGGGAAUAACAAUGACCAGUACAAGUUUUAGUCAGAAAAUUUUAGUAGUUUAUUGUGUCGCUGAAAUUAUCUAAUUAAAAAAACCUUCGUUGUUGCCAAUUUAUAUAGUCUUUCAAAUUAUAAAUAUUUUGAUUAUCGAGGAACACAACAUAGUAAUAAAGCUAUUAGAGACUAGUGUACACGACAGGACCACAAGCAGGUAUGUUUUGCACUUAAAUGGCAAACACUGGUCAUCGUAAAUAAUUAGCAUUUCUUCAAAAGUAAUAACGUAAAACUUUCGUGAUCUUAAAAAAUAGUAACGUAUCCUAAAGAUAUAUCCUGACACCUUCUCAUAUCAACCAAUAUGUCACCUUGGUGUAGUAAGAGCGAAGACAAUGUUUAAAACAUUGUUAUACAUUAAACUAAUCCGGAUCAUAAAUUGAGUUUAAACCUUCGUAAUUUAAACUUUCGUUAUCAUAAUUCAAAUUUGCCGCGGAAUUUGCAUAAAAUUACUGUGACAUCAUUUCCAGUGACGUCAUAUCGGAGUGUCUACUUACCGGUAACUGAAAUCACUGAAAACCACCGAAAAUAUUACUGGAAUUUUCUUCUAGAAUUGUAAGUAUUUUUACCUUAGUUUUCAAAAGAAUUAUUUUGUGAAAUGGUCGUUUUGAAAUAUAUUUAAUUUUGUAAUUAUUAGCGCAAUAUCAUGAUUAUUUAGUUUAUGAAUGAAGAUGAUGAUGAUUUGUCUCCCUUUGGUAUAAAACUCGUGUUGAAAUCUUUCAAACCUUCGUUAUCGCAUGAUAACGAAGGUUUUAUUUUAUUUCUUGUGAUAAAAAAUCAAGUUAUACUUUGUGUAUAUACAUCAAACAUAAGUUUCUAAAACAUUUAUAAUAGACAUAUCAAACGGACAUUAUAACAGCCUUUUUAAAUUGCUCUGCAAUAUAUUUUAGAAUAAAACAUUAUAGAACAUGUUUAGAAUCUAGGUAUUCAUCUUGCUCAACUGAUAAUUUUAUUAAUUUCAAUCAUAUCCGUUUACUUUAUUUACAAUUUCCGAUGUUAUUGCAAAGAAUUAUAUUGUAAGUGAUCUUUUGUUGUACAUAAAUAAAGCCUUAGUGUCCCUUAUCAUAUUAUGUUAUGAUAACGAAUGUUUCACGAACAUAACGAAGGUUUUAAUUUCUUUGCAGGUAAAUAUCUUAAUAUGGGAAAGAGUAAAGCAGAAAUCCAAAGGGCCUAUCGCCAGCCUUAAAGAGGAAAACAAUGAAGAAUACCUGAGGCGGGAACGUGAGAGAAUGCGCCGUAACUAUGUACCUUCAUCUGAGCUCUCAGACAGAGACAAGAAAAGAAGAAACGAGCAAAAUAGAGCUAAAUUAAGAAGGUUUUACCAACGCAAGCGUGAAGAGCGACAACGGCAGGUUGCACCACAAGAACAAGACACAAGUGGGUAUGAUAGUGCUCCAAAUGACAGUUCAGAAAGAGGUCGUCUGAGAGUACGAAUCCCAUUUCAAAACAACAGGAGAAAGGGUGCACUUAUUAGGUGGAAACGAGAAUUGUCAGAGGCCACCUCUCGCAUUAGACUUCUUGAACAAGAAAGAUCCAAGCUUCUGAAAAGAUACAAAUCUACUCAAAGAUCAUUGCAGCGGAUGAAGAAUAAAAGUAAAAAUCAACAUCUAAGUCAAGAAUUAACACCACGAAAGCAGACAGAACAAGAAAUGCAGAUGGCAAACUUAUCUAACAGUCAGAAGCAAAAAAUUAGAAAGUCACUGUUGCUUGGAAAUGUCAUUGUCAGCGAGGUCAAACGUACAAAAGAACAAACGCCGAAAGGAACUAUGAAAGCUGUACAUAGAGUCAUCUCCGGAAAGAUAGCCAAGAAAUAUAAAUGCAUCAAAUUACUGUCAUUAAAGACUGGCCUCUGUCGACAUAGACUUGGAAAAAGCGAAAGUAAGCUCCACCAAGUAGCAAGAUCAUCGAGAAAGAGCACACUCGGGAGAUAUCAGGAGAGAGUAAUAGAGUUUUUUAAAAGAGAAGACAAUAGUAAGCUUCAACCGGGAAAGAAAGAUGUGAAGAAAAGUGAAAGUGGUGAAAAGAAACAAUUAUAUAUUCUUUCUGAUUACCUAUCAAAUUUGUACAAAAAGUUUCAAUCAGAAAAUCCUGAUGUUGAUAUAUCUUUCACUUCAUUUAGUCGAUGCAGACCCAAUUAUAUUUUGUUAACCUCAUUUUCAAGCCGCAGUUCAUGCUUAUGUACGAAACACCAGAAUGCUGCUUUGUCGGUAAAGCUGCUAAGAAAGGAGGGUAUAGAUGUAUCAGCAAACCCAGAAAGAGCAAUUGAAAAUUUUCCAACUAAAGAUGACCUUGAUAAAUCGUUGCCUGCGUCAAUUGUAUGGAGUCAGUGGAACAGAAUUGAAAUAGAAGAGAAAGGCAGGAAAAAGAUGGUAACCAGAGUAACCGAAUCAAAAGUCAACAGAGAGCAGUUUUUGGUCAAACUAGAACAACAAAUGAAAGAUUUCGAAUCUCACGUGAAAAGGGUUGCAAAACAGUAUGAAGAGAUAAAGAGGCUUAAGCAGAAUUUGCCAAAACAUGAGAUACUGUUGCAGCUGGACUUCGCAGAAAAUUAUAGUUGUAGAUCUCUAGAAGAAAUCCAGAGUGCAUACUUCAAUCAAACAAGUGUUACCUUCCACCCAGUUGUUGCAUAUUUUCGAGGCCAAGAUGAUACACUUCAACAUCAAAGCAUAAUUAUCGUGUCCGAUGAGAUGGGACACAAAGCGUCAACUGUAGUAACUUUUAUCGAUGAGUUGCAACCCAUUCUUAAAGAAAUAGAUGCCAAUAUUACAACAAUACACUAUUGGAGUGAUUCACCAACCAGUCAGUACCGCAACAAACAUAUAUUUGAUCUUUUAUCUUACCAUGAACAGCGGUAUGGUACCAAGGCUAGAUGGAACUAUUUUGAAGCCGGCCACGGCAAAGGGCCGUGCGAUGGUUUAGGUGGGUCUUGCAAGAGACUAGCCGACGAAGCUAUGAGAAGUGGCAAAGCUAUUAUCCAAGACGCCACUGAUUUCUACAAAUGGGCUAUCAACUCAAGUAUGAAAAAUGUCCAAUUUAGAUUUGUUUCUUCUGAAAAGUGCAGAGAAACGGAAAUACGAAUUCAGAGUAAUCCAGUCAAACCUGUCAAAGGGACUAUGAGGAUUCAUGCAGUGAUUGGCCAAGGAGAGUCUCGAAUCAAAGUCAGGGAGGUUAGUUGUUACUGUACAGAUUGUUUAGUAGGUGGCUCUUGUGAUGCUUGGGAUGAUGAAUUCACUAGGACCCAAAUAGCGGUCAAUAAUAACAGUGGAAAUACAGUUUGUGCUCAAGAGGAGAAAAAUAAUGAAGAUGCAAAUGCCGAAAAUAACAGACAUGAUGAAGCUAGAAAUGUAGAAGUAGAAAAAUGUACACAAGAUAUGGUGGAAAUGAAAUAUGAAAUAGAUGAUUAUGUUGCUUCUGUAUAUGAAAAUAAGUGGUUUAUUGGCGUGAUAGUUGAUAAAGAUGAAGAAGAGUAUGAAGUUAAAUUUAUGGAAACCAAGAAGCAGUUCUUUCAAUGGCCUAGAAAUGAGGACAUUGUUUGGCAGAAACCUUGUGAAAUAUUAACAAAAGUAGAUGCCCCAGAAGCUACAGGAAAAUCAAAAAGAAUGUUCAAAAUUAGUGAAUAUGAUAGAGAUCGUAUUUUGAGUCUUUAUGCAUUAUAUAAUGAAAAGUAGUGAUGCCACUAAACCUUCGUUAUCAACAAGACUGUUUGUGUUAAAUUUGUCAUGUAGUUUGACAUAUCAUGAUAUAUUUUGUAGCCAUGUCGCACAAAUAUGUUUAAACGUGAUUGGCGAUGACUAUUAGAACUACCGGAAACUUAUCCAUGUGACUUAAAUGAUGUAUUAUGUUAUUUUCUGAUUCUAGGGAAACCUUCGUUACCAUAAGUGUUUAAUCGUUGUCUUGAUGAGGCGAUCCUAUUGCAUAUCUAGAUUAUUAGAUUGUGUUUAAUGGUUUUAAAUGAAAAGGAAAUAAUCUAAGAAACACUUUGUUAGACUAUAUCGGUUCACUAUUCUGACUUUUAAUGUUUGUUUUCAUGAAUGGCUACUAUUCAAUCAGUGAAUUUAUGAAAUACUAUAGACAAUGCUAUGAACAAAUAUUCAUAAUAUAAAUUUUUGUAUAAAUCAUUUCUGUAUCUGUUCAUUCUUGUGUUGAAAAUUAAAUAGAUCUUCGAUCAGAUUUAAAACAUUUUUGUAUUUUUAUUAAUCAAAACCUUCGUUAUUUUUUUGGUGAAUUAUUAAGGAUUGGCCACGUAUGUUAGAUAUAUGUGGACUUUGCGAAAAGUUGGUUAUUUUGUUUUCUACAUCGAAUUAAAAAGUUGCAUUUGUGUUUAUAUGCGAUGACUUCAACUAGAAUAUACGGUCUGAAAAAAGAAUUUGAAGCAUAUAUAUGAUUUUAUUUAUUUAUGUUGCAACCUUUUUCUAAUGCAAACAUAUUAUUAGAAAUUUAUUCUUCGGUCUUGGUCAGUUCGUUUAGUACUUAAAAAAAUAAAUAUUGCUAUAUUAAACGUUUAUGAUAAUGUUAAGUUUAGCAAAGUUUUCAAAAAUAUUAUAUCAAAUAAGUGUACAUUAUACAUCAUAGGGCUCUAAUAACGGAGGUUUAUACGUAAUAAAUUAAGUCUUCAGCCACCUAUGUUUGAGAGAUCAUUACACGAAAACUGCGAGAGUGUUGUAUACAAAACUUUCAGAUAUUGUCAUAGGGUGGUAUAUGAAUGUCUUAAAACAAAUAUUGACUAAAUCAGGAAAGGUCGAAUUUUUAAAUAUAUUUUUUACCCCAUGGACCUACUUGUUGAAAAU